CAUUUGCUGACAAAUGUAGGACAGUUUUUCUGUGUUGUGGAUGUCGGCUAACGCUAGCAUAUCGGACUGGACUGCAGAGAUGAGAGGGUCUGUAGCUGGAAUGCUGCUGGUGUACAGCGCCAUAUCUCUCCCCGCAACAGGCUACGUCAUGCAGGAGAUUACAUUGUGCACAUACGGAGAUGAUAAGCAAGGAAAUAUUACAUUUUAUUUUCGAAUUGCAUUUAAUCAUCAGCCUGUACUGGGGUAUGACAACCAUGAGAAAAUGUUUUUCCCUUAUCAAUCUAUUCCCCAAAUGAACGAAGUAGUGAAGAAAUUUACUACAGAAUUCAACACUAAACCAGACAUGUUACAUUAUGUGACAGCCGAAGAGAAAAGAUGCAAAGAUGAAAAAAAGACAUUCUGGAACGAUACCGUGGAAAGAAGAGUGAAACCAUCUAUGGAAUUAUUUUCUCCUGAGCAGUUUGCUGGGGAAAGUCUCCCGGUACUAAUCUGCCAUGUGUGGGGCUUUUACCCUCAAAACAUUGUUGUUACUUGGAUUAAAAAUGAAAACACUGUGGUUAGGAAUGAAACUCAGGCUGUACGAUCUGGGGACUGGACCUACCAGGUUGUUACGAAACUAGAUUUGAGGGGCUCCCUACCUGAAGAUAACUAUACUUGCUUCGUAGAACAUCAAAGCCUAGAUGAACCUAUGAUGAAAACAUGGAAAGCUGGUCUGACCUCCGUUCAGAUUGUGAAGAUCAGUGUCUCGGCUGUAGUCUUUGGACUAGGACUGAUCACUUUGAUUGCAGGAGCUCUAUGCCUGAAGAAGGCCAAGAGAAGUAGUUACAUUCCAAUCCCAGGAUACAAUGACGUACAGUAAACUGUAGUUCCAUGAGGUCAAUAGGAACGAACACAACUAAAACAGGUCUCCCUUGUAUGGACCAAAGCAAAUGGCAUCGUAGAUCACGAUUCCCUACACAUAUGAUUUGGGAUAGAAAAGAAGAACCUGUCUGGUCACUUCAGAUGUCCUUAAAUGUUUAAUUUAAUCUGGAGGUUUGAGAUCUGAACAUAGCAGAUUAUGAAUGAAUCAGCAAUUUGCUGGAUAUUUUCAUUUUUGGGAUAUUUUUUUCUGCCGUAUAUUUUCACUUUCAUUUUACAGAUUCAGCUGUGUGAUGUUUUUCUUGAACUGUAUAAGACAAAAGCAGACUCCUGGGAUUGAGGAAGAUCUCUGCUCAGAACACUUGGCAGAGACAGGAGGUCUGUGCAUCUCUCUGUGAACAAAAAAACACGAACUAUCUCCACGGAUUGUCUCCACGCCAUUGUGGACCAAUGAAGGACAAAUGCUCCAGGACAGUUGCAUGAUGAAAAUUGCUUUACGUGUAAUUUUUGUAUUUUUCUUACAGGGGUUUUUAUACUGUUUAAUAUUAAUGACCUAUCCUCAGGAUAGUUUAUCAAUCUAUGAUCGGUGGGCCAUCGGAAGUUCGACGCCCAGCCCCCACACCUAUCGGUCCUCCUCACAGUUUACCAAGUGCAGCUCCAUCCAUUGUAUAGUAGCUGUGUUUGGUAUUGCAUCUCAACCUCAUUCAAUUAAUUGGGACUGAGCUGCACCUAGGCCAUGUGAGUGAUCAAUAUGACAUCUCUGGCCUAGGAAGAGGCUGCGGUCUCUUCAAAAAGCUGAUCAAUGGGAGUGCCGGGAGUCAGAUAUCCAUUGAUCAGAUGCUUAUAACCCUUCCUGAGGAUAGGUCAUCAGUAUUAAAAUCUCAGAGAACUCCUUUAACUGGAUCAAUGAGUAACACUCACAGUGGACAAGGUUUUGUCAAGGUUAUGCCUUUUUGUCAUACAUGUAACUUAUGGUCGGUGUCCUACUACAUGAGUAAAAAUGCCCUCUGUGAACCUAA